UUUGUUAACUUUUUAUUUCCCCCCCAAAAAAAAGCUUUGUUUGGAUUUCAUAUUGAAUUAAACAGAUCUGACAUUAAUAGAUAGUUUCGGUGGAGGAGGUAGAGGUGAAGGAGGAGGAGGUGGUGGUGCUGAUGUGCCAUGUGUGGUUUGGAACACAGCCAUUGAGACCUGCGGGACUUUCCAAAACAACAUGAACCAGGAAGUGCAGAUAAGCGGGAACAGACCUACACAAACUUUUCCCAGUUUUUCCUGUAUCCACACACACACACACACACACACACACACACACAGAUAAAGACAGGGCACUGAACUUUCACUUUCUAUCCGUCAUGCAGCUUGCCCUCCGCUUGCACAUCGAACAUGACAUUAAACAUUCAGAGUAACGCCUGUUAUAAUGCCUGUUAUAACACCUGUUAUAACCUCUUCCACAGAGCCCCGGGUGCAAGUGCAGGAGCUACACCGAGGACUCUUUCUUUCCUGCUGCUGGUUGUGGUUCUGGGAGUUGAAACUUUAAUCACAGCCGUGCUGCUAUACAGCUUCACCCACGAGCUCCACACGACCAAUGAAUCACUAGACUUUGACUUCUUCCCGACCGAGUGUUUCCACCAACAUGGCGGUGAUCCAGCAGCGACGCGCACCGUAAGCCUUGAAAGCUGCGAACUCAUGAUGCAAGAACUCCAGAACAGCGUAAAUACGAGGCUCUUGCUGAACAUCCGCAAUUCCUUAUGGCAAAGUUUAGGAGAACACAAUAUCACCCAGGACUUCAAAGCAGCAAUACAUGUUGGGGCAAAGCAUAAGCUCAAACAGUAUCACCAUCUCCAGAGAACAGGUGAUCCUCAUGAUUCACAGCUCACGUUGGAUCGUCUAAAUUGGGAGGUGCUGAGCGGACAAAAUACUCAGGAGGGCCUGAUGAUCCUCAGUCCUGAUGGAGAAAUUGUGAUUCCUCAAAAUGGGAUUUAUUUUGUCUACUCUCAGGUUAAUUUUGUAACCUUGAACCUGAAACCGGAUCUCCAGUUGGUCCAAUACUUAUUCAAGGGAACUCGAUUGUAUGCGGAGCCAAUGAUGCUUAGCAAAGCUGUUGCAAGUCGGCAUCUCGAUGUUAAAUCCAGGGAGGGUCUGUAUUCCAGCCACCAGGGGGCGUUGUUCCAGCUUGAGCAAGGUGAUAGACUCUCACUGUGUGUGAGCAACAUGGACGCCGUUCUCCUUCAACCAGAGGCGACAUAUUUUGGAGCAUUUAUAAUAGACUAAUUAAGUUUAUACGUGACUCCAGAACUAUUCACUGUAGCCUAAAGAUACAAAGGCCCCAGAUGGAUAAGAGAACGUGUACAAAAAAAACCCUGAUUUGAUUAACGUUUGAAACAAAGCUGUAAAACAUCAAUGAAAGUAUUUUUAUCAACAGACAUUUAGUAAACACUAUUGUUGACUACUAAACUAACACUAACUUACUAGCUGACUUUUAUCAAAAAAUGUGUUCGGCCCUAAUAUUAAACUAACAAUGUUAGCAAAAAAAACAAGGCUAGUCAUAUUCAUGGUCAGUGUGUUUACUCAAAAUUAAUCACUGGAUAAUUUGCAUACUGUAAGACUAACAUAACCAAAAAUUUGUAAGCAAUAACUUCAGAAAGUAGAUACAACAUAAAUAUGGGACCAAAGUAGGCCAUUUAUUGGAAUGAAAAAAGUAAAUUGUUUAUAUAUUUAAAUAAGUAAACAUUUUCACAGGUAUGUGUUGUCAGAGACUUAAAUAUGAUUUGUUUGUUUUUAAUCUUUAAAGCAAAAAGAGAUUUUCCUUUAUUUUAUGUAUUGAAUCAGAGGGGGUGGGGGUGUAACAACACAGUGCAUGAUACUGAUGGGUCGGACUUUAAGAUAUUCACCAACGUAAUUUUUUCUUACUGAAACAAGUUUUGUUU